UUCUUUUUCUGUGUGGAAAGAAGUUUGGAAAAAAUACGGAAUUUGUUUGCCUCAGAUUUCAGCAACAGGGCCAUUGAGCUUUGUGAUAUAUCUUAACUAAGUUGUUUUUUGCUUGAUUAUUCUAGGAAGUAAAUACUCUCAAUUUAUCUCUGUUGAAUAUGUGCAGGACAUGAAUUUUGCAACAUAUGGCAUCAGAACAAAAGUGACAAGGAAGUUAAGCACCACAUAUAUGCAUUUCAAAUGAGAAGCGCAGUUGAUGUUCUNGAUGAUGGGUACCAGUGGAGAAAAUNUGGGAAAAAGAUAGUAAAAAACAAUAGUUUUCCAAGGUUGGACAGAUCUUUCAAAAAAUUGAAUGUCGUGAUCAAUCUAAUGGAGGAACAAGAAGGUGCUACACUGCUUGUAUCCGCCAAGUUUAAUGUAGUAUCUGUCCGUAUAUACCUUCAGUUUCAAGAGGAAAUUGUUGAUGCAAAGUUCGGGUUUUCUUUGAGUACAAGAAGAUUAUCUCAUGUUAGCAACAUUUUGGGAGUUUAUUAUAUUUUUUAGUAUAGAAUUAUAAUUAGUCUAUUAUGUAUUUUUAGUGAUUAUGGAUGAAGUUAUAAUUACAUUUAA